AUGGCGAUCGAAAUUGCUCUCGCUGUAUUGGGCGCGAUCGCUCUGUACCCCGUCUACAGACUGCUCCGACGCAUUAGGGCGGUCCGGCGUCUGGAACGCCGCUUCCAGUACCGCGUAAUUUGGAGCACCGGCAUCACCUGGAUUGGGGCUAUUAUCCUCUCACUGUAUUUGCUUGUCAAUGGCGUUGUCUUGGUGCUCCUACGGGCCGACUUGGAGAGGUGGGCGGGUGUAGCGGCCGCUGUCAACUCGGUACCUCUCUUCCUCGGCGCGCGGAGAAAUAUUGUCAUUCAUUACUUCGGCCUAAAUGCACAUCAUAUAGCCCAUGGUGCCGUUGGAUUUGUCGUGAUUGCCGAAGGUUUGCUGCACGCCGGAUUCGCUCUCAGGAGGACCCAAUUGCGCACGUCGCUUUGGGACUACCUUGCUGCCUCGUCGCUUCUAUUGAUGCUCUUGAUGGUGCUCUUGACCUCCAUCCCUCCUGUGUCCCGGUGGCUCUGCCGUAUCGUUGGGGUUACUGGUUGGUGGCUGGCCCAUCUUCUCCUCGCUAUCGUUAGCGUCGUAGGCAUGGCCGGCUACAUCGGCGUGGUUCGCCCCGUUGCUGAUGCAAGCCUCUCCGCCGUAGUGGCUGUCUAUUUGAGCGGCGCUCUCUGGAUCUUGGGGACUGGGUACCGGUAUGUACGGCGGCGCCGGACGCCAGCAAGCAUUAAGAGCGACAGAAGCCAUUCAGAAUCCACAGAGGUCGUCGUGCGCUGCAACUCUCGGGUUUGGGCCUUCCCCGGGUGCUACUUUUACGUGUAUUUCCCACGCCGGUACAGCUUCGGGUCUCUACACUUCGAUAUAUUUGUCGAUAGCCUCCCCCUUAUGCUCGCGUGGGGUCCCGAGGCGGGCGAUCGCUCAUCGAAGGAAGAGGUUAUGACCUUUAUCUUAUGGCACGGCAGUCGCACACCAAAGUCCGUACCCAAGAGCGGCCAGGAGAUUCUCCUAGACGGACCGUACGGGCAAGAUAUAAAUGCUGCGGCAUGUACCACAAUGGUGCUCGCAGCGAGGGGACCCGGCAUUGUGGGUCUUCUCUCGUUCGCUAGGCACCAAGUCGGCCGGUAUAAACACAUGAGUUCACGAAGAGAAAAGCGUCGGGUGGAUUUACUCUGGGUGCUAGAUGACGUAGGCCAGCAAGAUCUAGUGGGCAACAAGCUGCGGGAGCUGCAGGACAUGGACCAAGACAGCAACACCGUCGUUUGGCUUCUAUACCCGUCGCGCACGAACAAGAAGGACGUGAAGUUGCCGUUUAAAGAGAAAGAAGGCUACUGGACGUCGUACUUCGGAGACAAUCACGGGCGCUAUCUUGAAAACCUGAUGCUGGAUUGUCCGUCCGAGAAUUGCAUUGUCAUUGCUUGCGGCGAUCCAACCUUCAGCGCGGCCAUUCGCAAGGAAACGGCUGCAAAAGUUAAGCCAGCUGUGCAGUUUGCGGAGGUGCAGUACCGGCCUCGCCGGGCAGCGGCCCGGACCGCAGAUGAAGAAGACAUCGUAGGGCCGAAGGACACCGCCGAGAUGAGGAAACCAAUCGGUAUCAUUCAGGUGCCCAUCGAUGCCUUCAAUUUCUUGCCCGGCGUUGGGAGGGACCUGAACAGUGCAACUGUCGACAAGCUGGCGCAUCUUUUUCAGCGAGUUAGGUGUCGGCCGAAGAAGUGGGAGCAUCACGUCAAAGGGCUGGUCGACUUCAGGACAUACUAUAAGAUCCUUACAGCUUUGAACCUUUCCCGCCAGCAGCUCCAGGAGACAGUCACAAGAAGGCCAACCUACCACAAGGUCUCCCUGCCUCCAAAGUCUAUCAUUUGCAUUCAGGGUAAACACCGACUUGCCGCGGCGAGCAGGGAGUUUGGAAAGCGUUACUUCUGGACUGUUCGACUAUACUAUCCGACAGACGACGAUGACCCCCUUCUAGAUGUCCAGACCAGAGGUUUUCUCCACCAAACACAGCAGCCAGAUGGAGAGGUUUACUGGAUACUGCGGUGUUACGAAUAUCGAUGCGGCAAGGACACCGACCCGCCCUGGACGCAGCUAUCGGGGAGCAAGGCGAAAAACUUGGAUAUGCUCACACGAAUCAUAGCCGACGGGGGUUCGCCUCGGUACAAGCACCAGAGAAUCCUGAGCGCACUGGACGCGGUGGUCUCGCUCCCCGCCCUACGGAGUGGGAUGCUACUUGGCAACUGGCACAAGUGGUUAAGGCUAGAUUGCCCUGAACCUGUGAUACACUACAUUACCCGCAUAUAUAAUCAAUGGACAGCGAUCGCGAAGGACGUCCCUGGGUUUUAUGCAGACUCUGACGACGUCCAAAAGCUAGAGUUUUUAGCCCCUUCGAUUCCCGAAGAUCGAAUCCGGAUUUCCCGCAUGGUAAAGGGGAGAUUGAUCUUUCGGAAUGUUCAUGAUCCCGCAUCGAGGGAUACGAUAUUGCGCAACAUCUUAUCUCUAGAAGGCAUCAUUACGAGCCUGACGACGUUCAAUACCAACAUGAACUACCUAGAGAUCGCAAUGGACAUUUUAAGGCGGUAUGUGAUGGAGGACGGGGAGAAGACUCAGCACCACACGUUAUUCCAGAACUUAGCCGCACACUGGGACCACAGAAGGGCGGUUGUCGAGCAUAAGGAAGGGCGCUUUCACCGCCUGGCCGCCACCCACUUCAAGAUCGCCGUCGUGCAGCUGAUCCUCUUCGCAUUGCGGCAUUUUCCUUACCUAUCGAAUAUACAGCCACUCCAAGACAAACGCGGGUCGUUCUUGGCUGAGCAGAGUGAUCUCUUUAACGUGUAUAGCGAUCCGGAGAGGAAGUCUUUAAGGGAUAUCUUCCUAGCCGAGCAGAGGACAGUCUUUACCCAGCUUCAUGCUUUCCGCCCGACAGAUCCAGGGCAAGACCUCGGCGAAUUGCCCGACCGCCCUCCCUCAAUGGAGGAGUUCAAAGCCCUGCAGGAGGAUCUUUACCAGCGAUAUCCAAGUGAACGCCCAAGGUUACUUGGGCGGGAAAAGCGCCUAUCAGACUCUAGCAGGUCGUCGGGCGAAAUAAGGGAGACGCCUCAGAGGCCCAUUGAUCCGUGGGCGUAUCGGGAGCCACAACGGAAAUAUUAA